AUGACUACUGGGUGGUCAAAUGAAGAGACAUUCAAGUUCAUAGAACUAUGUCAGAACCAACCAGUAAUAUGGAAUCCUAAACAUAAAUAUCACAAAGAUAAAAAUAAGGUGAAUGAUGCAUGGGCUCGUAUUGCUGAGGAAAUGUUAGUACCAGUUUCCGAAAUUAAAAGGAAAAAAGAAACCUUUUUUAGCAGCUUUCCGGCUGAAUCAUAA